AUGGCAGUAGAAACGAACAAGGAAUGGCACACUUAUGUGGUCUCACACUUUCCCAGAAGACUGACCGACUUUCGCGGCAAUGAGGUGGAUAGUGACAGCGUUGUCAGCGAUGAGAUAGAAAUCCAGACAGGGCUCAAGCCCGUUGAUAUACGUACUGGGAGACAAUUCUCGGAUAAUCCCUUGACCAAGACUCUACUUGUGUCCUUUCUCAAGCCCACCAAGAGAUUCUGGUCCCUCUUUGGCAGCCGUGCAGCCAGACUCAUAGACAAAACCGUCCAACCUAAACAGUGCGAAACGUGCUGGGACUACCACUUUGCCCGCAACUGCCGUAGACAGCCAGUCUGCCGACGCUGUGGCAAGACUGACCAUAUCGCAGACGGCUGUGCUGCACCAGAACAGUGCGUCAACUGCUUAGGGCCCCACGACGCCAGCCUUCGUAAGUGCCCAGCUCGGCCGAAGAAAGUGCGCGGCGUCCUUCGCCGGCUUACCAAAGAACAACGAGAACAUGUCCGAAUGGUGGGCGCGGAAACAUACCGACAACGAUAUUCAGAAACACAGCUAGAGACGCAUAUGGAAUCCCAACAAGGAGCGUCUGAACUGCGAAGGGGCGACAUCGGACUAGAUGAACAGCCAGACGCUCACGCUCCGAGUCCAGCUGCAUCGGGAGCACCCUCGAAUAGGUACUCGCAGACACGAAAGAACGACAAGAAGCCUCUCAAGGUCUUCCAGGCCAACGUCGGCAAGAUCCCUCCGGCCCACGACUGCGCCCUGGCGCUAGCCGACUCAGAACGAUAUGACAUUGUACUCCUGCAGGAGCCGUGGACAGCUCAUACUAAAGCCCGCUGCCUAACCAAGACACAUCCUGCGUACGACACGUUCACGCCAGUCGACAUGUGGAACAGCAACGACACUCGGCCUAGAGUGAUGACAUAUGUUCGACGAGACCCAAGACUUCUGGCUGACCAGAUUCGCCCCUUUGAGACACGUGACAUUCUUUGGAUCACAGUCAACGGCAUGACGAUAGCCAACUUUUAUCGCCAGAACGACGAGAAGGACGCCUUGAACACGCUACUUCGAUGGCCUGUGCCGGAGCGCUGCCUCGUCGCUGGCGAUUUCAAUGCCAGACACCAUAGUUGGCAGACGGGCCAAGCUACGAAUCGCGGCCAAGAAAUUGCAGACUGGACGUCAGAGAACGACCUCAACCUUCUCAAUACUCUAGACAUACCGACAAAUCCGCACGGCAACACAAUCGAUCUUGCAUUCACCAACCUGCCGCUGGCCGAAACUACUGUCGAGGACCACCUCGCCACUAGCUCCGACCAUUUCACACUCAGCUUGACCUUCCCUGAUAUUAGAUCGACUCCGAUGCAGCCGGCCAAGAUCCGAGUGACGACGGAAGACGAGCUCAAACGAUUCGUCGAGAUCGUAGAACUUGGAACCACGGAAAUCCCCCUGACACACUCGACCCCUGCGGAACUAGACGAGCUUACGUUGGCACUCGUAAAUCUACUAACAUCAGCAGCAAAAGCAUCUGGCCGGCCUGCACGCAAAGGUGGACGUCCAGCUCCCUGGUGGACGGAGGAGUGCGCCGACGCCGCGGCUACUUUUCGAGCCAUCAGACGUAGCUACCCUCUGGGCUUCAACCAAGAUGUCCAGAUGGCCAAGCGAGACUUUCACCGUGUAGUUCGUCGUGCUAAAAGGAAGUAUUGGCGGAACCUCAUCGAUAGCUUCUCCAGCAGCAGCGCUGUUUUCAAAGCUGUCCGGUGGCUGAAAUCCCCUGGAGCCUUUCAGCCUCCACCGCUACAAGUCGACAAUGUUGUCUAUGAGACCCAGAUAGACAAAGCCAAUGCACUCCGACAGGCUACGUUAGAACGAAGAACUGCAGAGGACGACAUUGCAAACCCUUGGACGCCUGUCACUCCUCGUAGACCGAUACCGUUCCCUUCAGAGAUCUCCAUGGAAGAGGCGCAGUAUGCAACCCUGAGCACAGGCAACACGUCCCCGGGAUCGGACAACAUCACAGUCAAACUUCUCGAGACAGUAUGGCAUAUCAUCGGGACACACAUCCGCCGUCUCUUCGCAAGAUGCCUUGCAACAGGCCAUCAUCCAAAAGUAUUCAAGGAAGCGGAGGUGGUCAUGAUCGCAAAACCGGGGCGCAGAGACCUCACAGAACCACGAGCAUGGCGACCAAUCUCACUGCUCUCUUGUCUCGGCAAGGGACUCGAGCGGCUGAUCGCACGCCGUCUGGCCUGGGCAACGGUGCACUUCAGCGUCCUUCACCCACAGCAAACGGGGGCGUUGCCCAAGAGGUCGGCAACAGACCUGGUGACAGCCCUGAUACAUGACAUCGAAGAAGCGUUUGCGAGCAAGAAAGUGGCGACUCUAGUCACAAUGGAUAUCCAGGGUGCUUUCGAUAGCGUCAUGUGCAAUAGGCUCGUCCUGCGUCUUCGCGAACAGGGCUGGCCUAACCAUUUGGCUCGCUGGGCUGGCUCCUUCAUGAGCGGCCGGUCUGCGCGUGUCAGGUACCAAGACACCGUCACGCCCUCUUCUCCCCUACAGUGCGGCCUCCCUCAGGGGUCGCCGGUAUCGCCGAUUCUCUUUCUGCUCUACACUGAGCCAAUCUAUCGACUGGGCAAUCCCCGGGGUCGCUUCGGCUAUGCAGACGACACGGCCAUCCUGUCCAUAGCCGACACGUUAGACGAGACUACUGCUAUGGCAUCCAGCUCCAUCGCCGAGAUGGUGCGAUGGGGCGCAGCGAACGGCGUUUCCUUUGACACGAAGAAGACCGAAGUCAUGCACUUCUCCCGUAGCAAGCUCAGGACUGCUCCAGCAGUACGCCACGGCGAUGCAGAGAAGCACCCCGAAUCAGCUCUGCGCUGGCUUGGCAUCUGGCUGGAUAGCAGGCUAUCGUUCAGGCUCCACGUCGAGAAGUGGGCGGCUAAAGCGAAGACAGUAGCCUAUCAUUUACGGGGUCUCACUAACACGAUACACGGCCCUCUACCGAGCGCCGUUCGAAGUGCUGUCAGAGCAUGUGUCGAGCCAGUGCUACUUCACGGCUUGGAGGCGUGGUAUCCAGGCAGCACUAGGCCGCGAUGGAAUCAGCCCACAAAGGAACUACCGUCGAGCAAUCAGCAUCUCAUACAAAUAAUGAACAAAGCCAUGAAUCAGGCCAUGAGAGCGAUACUACCUGUCUGGAAGACGACUCCCACCGCCAUCCUACAUAGGGAAAGCGGUAUACCACCAAUUGACCAAUUGCUCGAAGCAAAGCGACUAAGAUUCGCCGCACGACUUAAAUCGCUAGACGAGGCUCACCCUCUGGCGGGCCGAACGCGCCCGCGUCGACCGCCUGACCGACCUACCUACCACGACCUCAUCAAACGAAGAUACCAAAUACAGACAAAAAGUGUCUUCAGGACACGUCUCCGACGCACCGACGAGCUGCUUGCGCCCUGCGAGCGGCCAAAACUCGUCCAGCGAUGCUUCCAUCAAGAACAGAUGCCUCCACUCCAGAUGGCGUCAAAAGAGAAAUCGACCGGCGCCUUCCUCCACUGGGUUGAGAGACUCGACCCGCUCACCUUGGUCGUAUACUCAGAUGGCUCUCUAUCCUCGGAAGGAGCUGCAAGCUACGGCUUCACCAUUCAUCAGAACAAUGUCCCCAUCUUCGAUGGAUCAGGUCGCCUUGGGCCUGCCGAGGUCUUCGACGCUGAAGCUACUGGGGCAUUAGAGGGCCUCAAAGCUGCCCUGAACCUGCAAGGGUCAGCAGCGCAAACCAUUUUCAUCUGUCUAGAUAACCUCGCGGCCGCCACGUGCCUGCGAGGCACGCCCUCCGACUCCUCUCAAGACGUCUUUCUCGAGUUUCAGGCUCUAGCGGCAUCGCACGGAGCCACACAAGUACUCUGGGUCCCAGGACACUCCUCUAUCCCUGGCAAUGAACAGGCCGAUAAACUGGCAAAAGCAGCGUCAUCACUCCUCGAACCUGAAGGUGCUCAACCAACGCUGGCUUACCUACGACGGAUCGCGAGACAAAAACCAAAAGAAGCAUUCGAGACGUGGUGGUCUACCUCCGCUCCUGAGCAAUACAAGAGACUCAACCUCAAGGCGACUACAGGCUGCCCACCAGAGCUGACGCUCCCGCGCGCAGCCUUACACCACUUGCUGGCAGCGAGGUCCCUCCACGGGGACUUCGCCGCGUAUCACGAGAGGUUCGACCACGGCGAUGCGCGCCUGGUCUGCUCAUGCGGCCGACGCAAAGCACCGGAUCAUAUCUUCUACUGCAGAAAGGUACCGCAGCGUCAUCGGAUGAGGCUAGCACCCUCACCGAAUGCAGCAGUCAAUCUAGCAAUAGGAAGAGACUUUACCAAGUUUAUCGAUCUGUCUAAAGACAGCGCGUUCUUUGGGAAAAUUUGCCCUCGCUACUAG